AUGGAUAUCUUAGCCAACCUAGCAACAUUCUUCGAUCGUCCUUUGUUCCCAUGGAAGAAAUUAAUCCUCGGCUUCUCCGUCGCUCAGUAUUUAUUCGAAACCUACCUUUCGGCUCGGCAGUAUAAAGUCCUUCGGAAGGAUAAGAUUCCAAAUCAGUUGGAUGGAGCUGUUGAGAAGGAGGUUUUUGACAAAUCUCAAGCAUACGGUCGAGCAAAAGCGGAUUUCGGAUAUAUCAAGGGUCUUUACGGUCAAUUGCAAAACGUCGGGUUUAUCGUCUAUGAUGUGCUUCCAAAGCUAUGGGGAUUCACUGGGUCUUUGAUGCUUACUUAUGUUCCGGCUAGAUUCAAUGGCGAGAUCACACACUCUAUCAUCUUCUUCUUCAUCUUCAACCUCAUUGUCACCGCUCUAAACGCUCCAAUCGACUACUAUUCUCACUUCGUCCUCGAGGAAAAAUUCGGCUUCAACAAGCAAACUGUCGGUCUGUGGUUAACCGAUAUGAUAAAGGGUCAAGCUCUUUCCAUCGUCUUCGGCGCACCCAUCUUGGCAGGAUUCCUCAAGAUCGUUCAAUCGUUCGGUACAAACUUCUUCUUCUACCUCUGGGCUUUCGCAGUCUGUGUCCAAGUUACCAUGAUCACUAUCUACCCGCUCUGGAUUCUUCCGUUGUUCAACAAACUCACACCGUUGGAACCUGGCAAAUUGAAGACCGAAGUCGAGGCUUUGGCUGAUAAGUUGAAGUUCCCGUUGAAGAAGCUUUAUGUUAUCGAUGGAUCUAAGAGGAGUGCGCAUUCUAAUGCGUAUUUCUAUGGUUUACCGUGGGCUAAGCAUAUUGUUAUCUAUGAUACUUUGAUUGAGAAGAGUGAGACGGAAGAGGUUGUUGCUGUUCUUGCUCAUGAGCUUGGUCAUUGGAGUUUGGGACAUACUACCAAGUUGUUCUAUAUCGCUCAGUUCCACAUGUUCUACAUUUUCGCCUUAUUCUCCGUCUUCAUCAACAACCGUUCCCUUUACCGAUCCUUCGGUUUCCAUUCUUCCCACCCAAUCAUCAUCGGAUUCAUUCUUUUCUCCGAUGUCCUGGCACCGAUGGAUACUCUUGUCAAAUUCUUCUUGAACAUGGUCACCCGAAUGUUCGAAUACCAGGCCGAUGCGUUUGCGUUGAAUUUGGGAUUCGGAGAUAUGUUGGCGAGCAGUUUGAUUAAACUGCAGGUGCAGAAUUUGUCGACCAUGGAUGCGGAUUGGAUGUAUUCGAGUUAUCAUUAUACGCAUCCGAUCUUGACGGAGAGAUUGGGAGCGUUGGGAUGGAAGGGACAGCAGAAGAAGCAGUAG